ACCCACACAUCCUAUCCAGGGUCUCCACUGAAGGUCAGGAUUUCACAACUUUCUCCAGCCCUGGAGAAGAGCUGGAACUGCUGCUCGUGCUUGGAACACCUUGCCCCACUAAGGGCCAUCAGAGAACCAGCUCUGCCCAGUGCUCAGGUGGUCGUCAACAUAUGCUGGGGCCAGCUGACUGACUGACUAACAAAAUUGUGUGUUCUACACCACUCCGUCUGAAUUUCCAUGUUGCAGUUGUGACUGGUCACUUUCAGUUAAUGUCACCACGUGCCUGGAAGGGCUCAUCUGCUGCCUCACCUCUCUGCAAUUUUUCCAUGGGCAAGGUGUUUUCACAAGGCACGGAUUCAGGUGGUCCCUUCAUGGUGGAGUUCAUUUAUUUUGUUCCUGAGAGCUGAAUAGGAGAAAGGGACAUUUCAGCUUUUCUUGAUAAAGGUGAUCAGUCCAAAAGAGGGAGGUUGGGGGAGGAGUGGAUGGUGCUGAAUGGAGUGGAACGGGUUACUCAUUCUUCAGAAUAGCCAGAAGCAAUGAUUAGAAACAUUGUUCAUUUACACAUGUUUAAGUAAGUAAAAAGAUGCUGUGGAAGUCACUGUGUUGAUCCCAGAUAUUGGUGCCUGAGCCCUGGGUGUUCUGGAGAGUCCAAAAGUGCCUGUUACCUUGUGAGGCCAUGCUCAUCCAUCCUUGUCACUGCAUCUGCAUCCUGCAUCCCAGCCAAGCCCUGUGGAUUUGAACCAGCAGUGCCAUGUGUUGAGGUAAACAGGAACCUUGGAAACGCGGUGUGAUGCUGCAUGAUCAGCUUCUCCAAAACCCGUGAAUGAAACUGUGCCCUCGUUGGAGGAAGUGGAGCUGGGAUGCACACACAGGCACUUCUUGAGCAGAAGGCUUUGGAGUGAACAGACUUCUGGCAGAGGGAGUAUUCUCUGGAGAGGAUGGAUCCUGAAAGGAGGGACCUCAUGAGGAAUCAGACUUGCAGAAAACCUGGCCUGAUUAUAUCAUCUUACUUAAACUGUGAGAUAAGAAUACUUCUUGAAAAUUAAGAGACCUACAGCUCUAAGACACCACCAGUACCUGUGGAAAAAGGCUUUAAUCCUACACUGCAUCCUCAGCUCAGGUUUGGAGUGAUUUCACACAAGAUCAUUCACCUCCUCUGUGCUGCUGUGGGUCGGACAGCUUGUCAUUCAGCAAAACAUCAAGUAGCAGGAAUUCUUCAGGAACAAAUCCUGAAUCUGGAAUCAUCAGGAUGUAGUCAAGAGCAAAAUCCCAGUUCAUAGAGGCAUGGGCAGGUUUGGGGGACUGCUGAGGUAGGAACUGUCAGAUAGUUCCUGUUAUUGGCAAUCUGGUCCCCUCUGCCAGGCCUCUGUCCUUGUAGGAAUGCCAGGAUUAGGCCUGCAGCUGUACAGGCUUAGUCACUAAUUAAGAGAACCUGAUUUUACUGGAGUUACAGCCAGCGUUAAAGCUCUGAAGCCAUUUGAGACAUUCAGAGGUACUGACUCAAUUCUGGAUGCCAUUAGGAUCACCAGACUUGUCAAUGCCAGUUUUCUAGACAACAUGGCCUUGAGAAGUUCUGGCAAGCUGAGCAUGGAGACCAGAAAAGAUGGUGAGAGCACGGCCCCUGCUCCUCCCCAGAAGAAGCUCUCCUGCCAGUGCCACCACCACUGCCCCGAGGACUCGGUCAACAACACCUGCAGCACUGAUGGCUACUGCUUCACCAUAAUAGAAGAGGAUGAGUCCGGUGGACAUUUAGUCACCAAGGGAUGUCUUGGAUUAGAGGGCUCCGACUUCCAGUGUCGGGACACUCCUAUUCCACACCAAAGAAGAUCUAUUGAAUGUUGCACAGGCCAAGAUUACUGUAACAGACACCUUCACCCUACACUGCCACCACUGAAGAAUCGAGACUUUGCUGAAGGAAACAUUCACCACAAGGCCCUGCUGAUCUCAGUGACUGUUUGCAGCAUCCUUCUGGUGCUUAUCAUCAUAUUCUGCUACUUCAGGUACAAACGCCAAGAGACGAGGCCCCACUACAGCAUCGGGUUGGAGCAGGAUGAGACCUACAUUCCCCCCGGAGAGUCCCUGAAGGAUUUGAUCGAGCAGUCGCAGAGCUCAGGGAGCGGUUCCGGGCUCCCUCUCCUGGUUCAAAGGACCAUUGCAAAACAGAUUCAGAUGGUGAAGCAGAUUGGAAAAGGUCGCUAUGGAGAAGUCUGGAUGGGAAAGUGGCGUGGCGAAAAGGUAGCAGUGAAAGUGUUUUUUACUACAGAGGAGGCCAGCUGGUUCAGAGAAACAGAAAUCUACCAGACUGUCCUGAUGAGGCAUGAAAAUAUUCUUGGAUUCAUUGCUGCAGAUAUUAAAGGUACAGGAUCUUGGACCCAGCUUUAUCUUAUCACUGACUACCAUGAGAACGGCUCACUUUAUGAUUACCUAAAAUCCACUACCUUGGACACAAAAGCCAUGCUGAAACUGGCUUACUCCUCUGUCAGUGGCUUGUGCCACCUGCACACUGAGAUCUUCAGUACUCAGGGCAAGCCUGCUAUUGCCCACCGUGACCUAAAGAGUAAGAAUAUCCUGGUGAAAAAGAAUGGCACCUGCUGUAUAGCAGAUUUGGGCUUGGCUGUUAAAUUUAUCAGUGAUACAAAUGAGGUAGACAUCCCUCCAAAUACCCGUGUGGGAACAAAACGUUAUAUGCCUCCUGAGGUGCUGGAUGAAAGCUUGAAUAGAAAUCACUUUCAGUCCUACAUCAUGGCUGAUAUGUACAGUUUUGGACUCAUCCUUUGGGAGAUAGCAAGGAGAUGUGUUUCAGGAGGAAUAGUUGAGGAAUACCAGCUUCCAUACCACGACCUGGUGCCCAGCGACCCCUCGUACGAGGACAUGCGGGAGAUCGUGUGCAUCAAGAGACUACGCCCCUCGUUUCCCAACAGAUGGAGCAGUGAUGAGUGCCUACGGCAGAUGGGGAAGCUGAUGAUGGAGUGCUGGGCUCACAGCCCUGCCUCCCGGCUCACAGCCCUGCGCGUCAAGAAAACGCUCGCCAAAAUGUCAGAGUCCCAGGACAUUAAACUCUGACUCUGCCAGAGGCAGCUCUGCUGGAGGCCCCUGGAAUUGGACUUUCUUGUGCAGGCAGAAGUCCUGAAGGUGUAUCAAAAGUCUUUGCUGAGUACCUUGAGUGGAGGAGUCGUGCUUAAGAGCAGCUGUGAGUUUUUGAAGAGACUACCCAUUGAAAAAAUCACCUGAAUUUUGGCAUGCAAGAUGGAAGAGGCUUGUCUGCCCUUGUUUACAUGGGGAAAUACAGUUUUAGUAACUGGUUUAAGAUUAUGCAUGUUGCUUUCCAUGAAAGCCACUUAUUAUUUUAUUAUUAUUAUUAUUUUUAUUAUUAUUAUUUUGAUUGUUUAAAAAGAUACUGCUUUAAAUUUUAUGAAAAUAAAACUUUUGGGUUAGAAGUAAAAAAGAUGUAUAUUGUUACAUUAAAAAAAAUUGGAAGAAACUGCUGAAAAUGAAAGCAAAUCAACUUUUUCAUUUCCAAAAAGACUAUUGCACUCCAGCCUUAAAAAAAAAAAAAGGUGAGUGGAUCUGUGUAGCUCAGAA